CCAUUAGUACCACACAAAUUUUCAUUUUUUUACAGGUCACAGUUCCACCACAUCGCACAAAUUCCCUCGUUUGCUAUUCGACGCACCACCACCACCACAGCCGACGUCGCCAUUCCACGCCGCGUCCAGAAGCGCACGCCAUCGUCGUCUCCUCUCCUCUCCGGCAUCCGCGCGUCCAAGAACACCUCCGCCGGCCAUGCCGCCCGAGCCGGACCCGGACAAGCCCAAGCCCAAGCUGCCCAAGCCCAAGCCCAAGCCGCCCAAGCCGAAACCGCGGUCGGCGGCGGCGGCGGCGUCGUCGCCGCAGCGGGACCAGACGGGGCCCUACGGCGGCGCGCAGCUCCCUCUCGACCCUCCCGACCCUUUCGCCUGCGCGAGGGACUGCUCCGAUGACUGCGUGAGGUACCGCCUGUGUGCUCCUCCGCCGCCGCCGCCGCCGGCGGAGCCCGGGGGUGCCCCCGUGCAUCUGAGGUCGUCGCGCCUGCCCACGCCGCUCAUCGCGCUGUCGGCGUCGCUUCUUGGCGUGUCGGUGGUGCUGCUCGUGGCGCUGCUGGUGUGCCGGCUUAUGAGGGGGAGGGGGAGGGGGAGAGGGAGGAGGAGGAGGGGGCAGAACGUGCCGCCGCAGGAGGCGCCGCUGACGACGCAGCAGCAGCAGCAGCACGACGAGGAAGGUGGGCCGGCGGCGGGGGUGCUGCCGGCUGUGGCGGCGGCGGAGGAGGAGGGCGACGACGACGGAGGGGUUCACCACGUGUGGUACAUACGCACCGUGGGGCUCGACGAGCGCGCCAUCGCGGCCAUCACCGCGCUGGUGUACGACGCCAAGAAGAGCGGCGGCGGCGUCGGGCUCGCCGGCGGUGGAGGCAGCGGCGGCGGUAGCUGCGCGGUGUGCCUCACCGAGUUCCGCGACGGCGAGACGCUGCGCCUGCUGCCGCGGUGCCGCCACGCGUUCCACCGGGGCUGCAUCGACACCUGGCUCCGCGCCCACGUCAACUGCCCGCUCUGCCGCGCGCCCGUCCAGGUUGCCGACAAGUCCUCCGCCGCCGCAGCCAACGCCGUGCCGGGAACCGGCACGGCCGUUGCCGGCGGCCAGCCUGCGCCAAACCCGCGCGACGCAGCUGCCCCUGAAACCGACAGAGGAGAACUCCAAGCCCUGCCGGAGCGCGGCGUCAGGCGGGCCACGUCGAUGGUGACGUUGCCGAGGCAGCCAUGGCUGGACGUCACGCUCCGGUCGCCGGCGUCGAACAGUGGGCGGAUGGGGGAGAUGGGCCUUGCAAAGAUCGCUCGACUAAUGAAAUUCUCAGAAGUAUUGGAGAUGGCCGGCAUCGGAGCAACCAGGUCGGUGUCCUUUGGGCGCCGCAGGUCAGACCAGUCGGCCGCCGGCACCAACUCCGGUGAGAUUUCACGGUGAAUUGCCGGAUGGUGAUGCUUCUGUGAAGGAUAAAUCGGAGAAAAUAAAGGUUGCAGUUUUUGGAGACAUGGAAGGUUGCUGAUGAGUUUUGGCACAAAGGAAAGGUAAAAAUGUUAUCUUUUCCUUGCUUUUAUGUAUGAUCAAGUAAAUAAGAUGAGCUUGUGCAUACCCCGCGAAACGUCAGAAAUUGUAAAUAUGAAUUCCUGACAGAAGGAGAUGUCCUUGUAUGCGAGUUUGUAAGAUAUAAGAGAGAACUACUGCCUGUUCAUUACAGUUCAUGAAAUUAUAUGAACUAUGAAUUACUGUUGCUUCA